AUGGCCGACCUCAAGUCUACUGAUAGUACAUGCAACGAUACUGCAUUGACAAAGAAACAAACAGUCGAUCCUUACAACGUGAUAGGUGAAAUCGGUACUGAUGGCGUUGCAAAAGCUAUCAACUAUCAAACUCUGAUUGAAGAAUUCGGGACAAAAAAGAUACUCGAAGCGGAUUUGACGAGGUUUGAACAGGUAACUGGACAUAAACCACAUCGUUUUAUGAGAAGAGGUAUAGUCUUCAGUCAUCGGGAUUUAAACUUGAUUUUAGAUCGUCAUGAAAAGGGAAUGCCAUUCUUUUUGUACACGGGCAGGGGACCAAGUAGCGAAAGCAUGCAUAUUGGACACACUGUUCCCUUCGAAUUUACAAAGUGGCUUCAGGAUGUUUUCGAUGUGCCAUUAAUUAUCAUGCUCACUGAUGAUGAAAAGUAUAUAUUUGGAGAAAAACGUACAAUUGAAGAAGUUACAGGCUAUACUCGAAACAACGCAAAGGAUAUUAUUGCUGUAGGAUUUGAUCCAAAGAAAACUUUCAUGUUCAGUGAUUACGAAUUUAUGGGCGGAGCAUUCUACAGAAAUGUCACACGAAUAUCCAAACAUGUCACUCUUAAUGUCGCCAGAGCUGUCUUUGGAUUUAAUGAUAGCUCCUGCAUCGGCAAAGUCCACUUUGGUGCUGUUCAAGGAGCUACAUCUUUUGCAUCUUCAUUCCCGCAUAUAUUUGGCGAAAACGAGAAUUUCACAAACUCUAUCCCCUCGCUGAUCCCUUGUGCUAUCGAUCAAGAUCCAUAUUUCCGACUAACCCGUGACGUAGCAGCUCGUCUUCAUUUUGCCAAACCUUCAUUAAUACACUCUCGAUUCCUUGAUGCGCUCCAAGGUCCAGGCUCCAAGAUGAGCGCUUCCAUUGACACUUCUGCAAUUUUUAUGAAGGACAUGCCCAGUCACAUUAAAAACAAAGUCAACCGCUACGCAUUUUCUGGGGGUCAGACAACCGAAGCGGAACAGCGUGCAUUAGGUGGCGAUGCAGAUAAAGAUGUCAGCUUUCAGUAUUUGACAUUUUUCCUAGAAGAUGAUGCCGAAUUGGAAAGAAUCCGAAAAGCUUACAUCAACGGGGAAAUGUUAACGGGUGAACUGAAGGCGCUCUGCAUCAGAGAGCUACAAUCAUACGUUAAAGAUUUCCAGGAAAGACGUGCACUUGUCACUGACGAGAUAGUGCAGGAUUUUAUGGCUAGGAAACCUCUGACAUGGCAUGGAAACCCGAAAGUAGCCAGCCAAACACACCCUGAUUCCACGUGCAAUAAAGAUAAAGCAGUAGUUGGAGAUGAGUCUGAAGUCGAACCUGGAAAAAUGACCAAAAAUCAGGCUAAGAAAUUAGCGAAGAUGAAAAAAAUUGCGGAAGGAAAAAUGGCUAUUCAAAGUGCCAAGGAAGAGGCGGCUAAGAAUACAACAAAUACUUCAUAA